UGAAAAAGGAUCUGGUAACGAAAAGGGAAGUGAGACUGUCAUUUAAGUAAACAAUGAACAAUUGGAAUCAGAAAUAGUAUCACUAGUAACACAAGAGUGCUAUUCCUCUUUGAACAUGCGCGUAAGCCAAUUUCACAUAUGCUGACAGAUAAUCUAAAUGGUUGAAGACAGUGCAAGAAUUUUGCAGAAGAAAAAAUGGGAAAAAACUUAUCUUCAUUACUCCUUUGCAUUGCUGUGAAGAUACUCGCAAUUAACUGCUGCUUGGCGACAAGUUGUGAACGCACGUACUCUGAGUCCAGCGGUGACAUCUCUUUUCCACUGUACCCAUUCAAGUACCCAAACAAUACAAAGUGCAAAUAUGAGAUUACUGUAAGCCAUGGACAAAUGAUCUUUAUCUAUAGGCCAUACUAUUAUUCUUCCUAUGGCGAUUCCUUAAAUAUCUAUGAAAGAAUUGGAGCUACUGGUGAAGAAAUUGUGACAAAUCUGCUAAAUGACGCGAAAAUGACAUACUGGUCAAUCGGGAAGAAUAUAACAUUGGUGUUCCAGAGUGAUAACAGCAAUGUGAUUACAGGAUUGAAGAUGCACUACACCGCAACAAACGGUUUUUGUAGUAAGUACAAGCCCUGUCGCAACAAUGCAUCAUGCACAAACAUUGGAGAUAGCAAUUAUACAUGCAGCUGCUCAGAUGAUUUUAGUGGUCGGAACUGCUCUGUAAAGAUCGUUCCAUGCAAAUCCAACCCAUGUAUGAACAACGGAACAUGUACAGAUCUUUAUGGUCAUGGCAAACCGAUGUUCAACUGCAGUUGCACAGAUGACUUUCAAGGAAACAGAUGUCAGAAUCAAAUUGGAUUUUGCACAAAGCACAAGCCCUGUCAAAACAAAGCAUCUUGCACUUCAACUGGAAAUGGUAUCUACACUUGCAGUUGCCCAGUCGACUUUACUGGAAAAAAUUGUUCCAUUGAGAUUGCCCCUUGUAAAUCUAACCCAUGUCUGAACAAUGGGAUUUGCACUGACAUUUAUGGCCGUGGCCCACCAUUGUUUCAAUGCAAAUGUCUAUAUGAAUAUUAUGACACAUGAUGUGAGCACGUAAAGGGUAAGAAUAAACUUUUCUUGAUUUUUAUUUAUGUAAUAUGGAUUUACAUUGGAAAAUGGUGUUCAAUUUAUUGCUUUGUUUGUGAAAUGCUAGAAGGUUUUUGCACUUCUUUUGAGAUAGUGUAUUGUAAAAUAGAGAAAGAAAUGAAAAAUGCGAUUUUUUCUUCAAUGUUCACAGAUCUAAGAUCUUUUUUCAGGAAGAAUUUUUAAAAGCUUUGCCUUUCAAAAUUUUUGUUCCAUGGAUCUAUGCAGUCACUAUUUAUCAGAUGAUACAUGGAAAAGAAGCACUAGCUUCAAACACAACACAUCGCGGACUCCUUUGUGUGACGAGGGUCUCACAUCAGGAUGGUAUCGUUUCACAAGCAAGGCUGGUGAUAAAAUGCCCAAUGAACCGUCUAGUAUGGGAGCUUGCGGUAAUCUACUGCAUUUUCUCUGGGUUUGAUUUUCAUUAUUAGCAUUUCCAAUCUAAUUGAAAGUAAUCUUUUGUUAAACAGUUUCGUUUUCAAUUUUCUGAAUAUAAAUUAUGAUUUAAAAUGAUUUCAUUGAAUACAUGGUUCUGAAGAGUUGUCAUUCGAUAUAAAUCCAUUCUAGAUGUAAAUUCCAGUCAUAAGCUCUAAAACAAAAGACUUUAAUGUUUUACAAUGUUUCUGAAUGCACCUCUUGAUCUUUUUGGCUGAUGUAAUUAAAGUAAGUUAUGCAAUUGCGCAAUCAGUUGUAAAAAGUACAUAAAAUUUCUUUUAGGAACACCUAAUUCGAUUUGGGCAAAUGGAACUUUGCCAAAAUCUGAUGGUAGCUACAGUUCAUUGGUGGCCUUUGUGAGAAACAUUGACUCAACUUGUUCAGGGUCUUAGCCAUUACCUGUGAAGCGAUGCCCUGGAACUGCAGCCCUUUUUUGAAUCAAAAGAACGCUGACUAUAGCACAUGAAAAGUCAAAGGAGUUACGCUUUGCAAGGCUGCAACUCCCCUGGCUGGGGGAUUUUGCCCGAGUGCCCUGAGACAUAGUCAAUGCCUGAGACAAAUACAAACCAAGCAGAGAAAGAUCAUCUAUAACUAGCAACAGCUGUUUAGCUUGAUGUGUACAACAUAACUGUCUGUCUACAACAGCACUAAACAGUACCUGUACUCUUCGUACACAGCGACAGGAUAACUACCUUUUAUGUACGAAGAAUGAGUACAUAUAGGAGUGGGGGGAGCCUGUAAGUAAGUAAGUGAGUAAGUAAGUGACACAGUUUCCGUAACAGAAUGCUACGCGAAGAAUUCCCAUUUUCCUCUAAUUAGUGUCCCGCUUUCUAUUGCUCGCGGCUACGAAAUGAUGUUGACUCAAAGUCAAUUUUGCAAAUUUUUUUUUGGCGAUGCCAAAAGAAAAGUUAGCACAGAUUCAGAGGAAGCUGCGGCACACAAUCCAGAAAUCGUGCACCCGUACAAUGGAAGAUGCCUAUAAAGGGAAUUAAGGUUUCCUAAUUUCCAAUUAUUGACAAAGCUCUUUGAUACCGCUGAAACAAUCUCCAUGAAGAAUCCGUAGAGGAACCAUGUUUUGCUAGAUGUCAUAUUGUCAUAUUACAAUCUCAUAUUACGUACCAGACAUUUCUCCGUACAUAGCCAUUGGGCCCCUAUGUUCUGAUAUAGUAGGAAGCUUUAUUGUGUUGAUAAUGUCAAUGAUCAAAGGACUAAGUGCCUAUAGCUAAGCCCUAACAACGGAAGGGAGGACGGAUUAAGAAGAGAGAGAGGACAGAUCAAGCCAUGUUUUAUUUGUGCUAUAACAAAAAUUUUGUUUUUAGGCAAAAUAUUCUACUUUAUUUGUAGUGUUUUUUCAAUUAUUUUUUAUAUUGUUUCAAUCAACGGAACCAAUUUUUCCUACUUCUAAAAGAUACGAAGCUUUUUAAUAUAGUUCACUAUUUUAAGUGUACCUUUUAUUAGUUGCCUGUUAAUCACAUUAAGUAAAAAAGUGCCAGUUGCAUUAUAAAUCGGCAGACGUUCUCGUUAUCAAUGUCGCAGCUUAAGCAAUGCCAAACGGACUGCUUUUUAUUGUUUCUGUGAUGCCUUGUGUGUAUGUUUAUGUUAAGCUGUUUUAUGUUACUCUUCAGAAUAAAAGUACAUUUCUGCUACUGGCUGUCAUUGCUGAAGCCUGAUGAUGUUAUGUAUUUUUUAGCUACAACAGCUUUAGAAUAUUUAAGUGUGUAUCAAGUUGUUUUUAGAUGUUAUAAAUAAGCAGAUAGCAAAAGUGGAUCCUGACAUCUAUUCAUUUACGAGUAUUAAUGCCGUGGAAUAUGAUGAGGGUGAAAAUUGAGGAUCAACAUUUUCAUAAGGUUAUUUUUGCAUUGCAAUCCGACUUAACGUCGUUUUUGCGAGAGCAAUCUCUUAUUGUGUUCCCUUUUCCUUCUAGAAUGCACUGCAAGUAGCAAAAACGUGACAUUACUGAUUGUGUUGGCAAGUGUCGGGUCUGCAGUUUUUGCUGCUUUGAUGGUUUGCAUAAUCAUCAAAAUAAAGAAAAGACCAACAAAAAAGAUCACACCACGUGAUCCCGACGAAUCAACUUCAACUACUUUUAACAACAAGGCCUUCGAAGCCAACUGUGAAGUGGAUAAAGCGCAUAAUUGAGGAAUUGAAAAACAUUUGUUCCCUCAAGUUAUAUAGCACACUUAAACAUUUUUAAACUUUAUAUAAGUCUAUUCUAUAAUAGUUUACAUAAUAAGUUAUAUAAUCAUUGUUCUGAGUUCUGCCUUGAUCCAAUACUGGCUCUCUGAUGAUGCAGAAUCUUCAGUAACUAGAAAUGUGCAAGAAGCUAGGCCUUUUUGCCCACAGUUGCAUUAUGAUUGAUAGCUUUUGUGGCCUUUACGUUUUUCAGGUCGUUCUGUUGUUUGAUCAAAAUGAAUAUUCUAGAAAUUAUCUUCUUCUUUUAAGUUCUUGACAUUUAAUUUCUUAAUUUUCACUUAUAGAAAUUUAAGGAAGUUUUGAUGUGAGGCUUCUUAGCAAUGACUUGAUUAGUUUUGUUAGUUGGAUACACAGCUUUUUACCAUAUUUUUCGCCCAACUUUGAAAGAUCGAGGGCUGAAGAGCUGCAUCCAUAUUAAAAACAAGUAGCUCAUUGAAAUUACCAGCAAGCCACAGAAAAUGAUUGCUGAUAUUGGAGUCCAACGGAGAAUUUUGCAUAGAAUUUAGCAACCUGCCUAACCGAAUUGGUUUGAGCAUAAUUUACAAAAGUAUAUUCUUUGGAACGUUUUUGUAAAAGCAAAAAAGACACGGCUCUGACGAUAAAAUCCGCAAAAGCAUGCAAAACUGAGUAAAAAGAAUGGAACAUAAUAAUGGGGCCUCUUAUAGUUUAUGUUGGGCAACAUAAUGUUAAAAUGAGUUAGUCACGUACACGAUGAGAUGAAGAGAGCAAUAAUCAUGAAGGCAAAUAGAAAGACAGCAAGAAUCAUGAGAGAAUUUCUAAAUUGACUUACAUAACAAAGAAAAGCUAAGCCGGCUGAAUUUUUUAAGCAAAGAGGUUAGACAUCUAAUUUGCAAUAGUCUAGGGCCUGGUAAAAGUUUCUUAUUUUGCAAUGUUUAGACAAGCGAAAUUCGAAAAGUACAUUGUUUUACUUCUU